AUGGAGGCACCGAAUGAACAUUGCACUGUCUUCUCGCAUGAUGACGGCGAGGGCCGCAAUAGCACGGCAAGUAGAAACGAGCAGGCUCGCUACCCAUCGCAGCCCUCAUCGCUGCCUGCCCCCUUGGCGACCACACCCUACACGGACAGCUGGCCUCCGUAUGUUCUGCUCCUCGUCUUUUGCUUGACCGUGGCUGCGGUGGGGAUCGGCGGGAAUGCAGCUCGUGUGGCCCUGAAGAACUGCUUUGCGAAGAGCCACUUCUUUCCGAAGUACCGCUACAUCGGGCCCAAUUGUCUGGGGAGUUUUUUGAUGGGCCUCUUUGUAGUCGCCCUUCCACCCGAAGCAGCACUGCCCUUGACCCACCGCGCCCUCUGCGUGGGGUUCUGCGGCAGCUUUACGACGUUCAGCUCGUGGGUUGUCCAGGUGAUGGCUCAGGACACCGCCGCAGAUGCCUUUGAGCACCUCUUCCUUGGUGGCACAACGCCUGUUGUGUUCUUCCUCUGGGGCCGUGACUGCGGUCGUGGCGUGCGGUGGUGCUGCGCCCAUGUAACUGACUCUCCCUGGGGGACAUGGCCAUCACAUCGCUCGUUGCUUCGUGUCACUGAUGCCGCCCUGUUUGUUCUUGUGGCUCUGGCCGCAAUUCUAGCAUUGGUUCUUGUGCAGGUGUCCAUCAACGAGGGCGGCACCCAAGUCCUCUCCACCGACGACGUGCGCGUGGUGGUGCUCGCCCCUGCCGGCGCGGUCGUCCGCUUUCUGCUCUCUUUCUGCUGGAACAAGAAGGCGUGUGUCGCUCAGUUCCCCAUUGGGCACGCUGGCCGCCAACCUGCUAGGCGUACUGCUCACCAUCGUUAA